AUGGACUAUCCUACUCGCCGAUCCAGUCGAUUGCAUGCCAGACAAGUCUUUGCUCGAGCCAACUUUCCGUUGCGAGCAUACGGACCCAGAAGAGGGAUGGCGCUUCUCAAGAUCGGUCUGUUCGGCACUGUUGGCUACUUCGUCGCGAAGAAGCUUUUUAAGUUCAGUAGUCAACAGGAAUACUUCGACGGCUCGGGCAGUGGUGACGGAAGCAAUGGAUACAAGAUGUUGGGAUGGGCUUCGACUUACUCAAGAUUCUAUGAGGCAAAUUGGGACUGUUAG